AUGUUGUCCAUCACACCAAACGAAGGAAUGCUUAUGUGGCUCCCCUCAGAGCUACUACUAUUGAUUUUCAGUCACAUACGAGGGCGACAUUUGGUCUACAACGUCCGUUUAGUGUGUAAGAAAUUCCAUUCCCUCUUAGCGAAUCAGCACUGGUGGCUGAGCCGGAUUCAGGUGAGUUUUUUGUAUGUUUCAGCUCGCUUUCAAUUGCACCGUUGGAAAAGUUGGUAUCAAUUGUGUUUUAGUCUCAUUGUCAGUGGACAUAUUGCUACGGUAGAUGCCAUACGACUAUUCUCUCAUGGUUGCCGUCCCAAUAUGUUUUGUCUGUCAGGUGGAAGAGAUAGGGCUAUUAAACUGUGGAAUAUCGGUGAUUUGCAGCCUGUGUUGAUCUGCAAAACGCCCACGAGGUCUAACCACUGGCUAUUACAGGGUUGGAUAUGGUGCUUGGAUCAGUCAACUUGCUCACCAGACCACUUCCUGUCAUGUAGUUGGGAUUGCACUGUGAAAAUGUGGCAGAUAACGCCCAGUGAAGCAAUCGAAAGUGCGAAGCUUGGAUCAGCGUGUAUGUGUUUAAGCAGCACGCAGAACGGUCUUGCAGCAUGUUCUACAUUUGCGAAGAAGGUGUUUGUAAUGGAUACAAGAAACAGCCUCUCUCCUGUUCUUAACUAUUGGUCUAUGGACUACGUCCGCUCGAUAUGUUUGCGCAACAAUCAGCUGAUAUGUGGAACUCAUCAGGGACUGGUAUCGACGCUCGAUCCACUAACAUUAAAUGUGUGCUCACAACUUCAGGUUUUGUAUAAUAUAAUAAUCUUGUCAGGCUAA